AUGCUCGCGGCGAUGCGUGGCCACCUCUCCGAGGCCGUCAAGCACGCCCUCUCGGGCGCCGACCUGCACCAGCGGGACGCGACCGGCCGCACGGCACUCGAGCUGGCGGUCGAGGCGGAGAAGCGCGACACUGCGCUGGCGCUGCUCCUCAUCGCGACGGCAAAGUUCACCAAGCCGCUCCCCUCUCCGCUUCCCGUGCCGCUGCUCCAGCGGCUCCAGGGCUGGCUCGGCCAGGCUGGCGCCGAAAAGGAGAAUGCGAUGGGCGUGCUGCUGCAGCAGUACCAGGGCCACCUCGCGCGCGGGCCGGCGCUGCCCGCCGACGCUCCGCCGCAGAUCGCGGCGGCCGUGGUCGAGAUGCUCGCUUGGGCGGCGAGGCACGGCUUGUGCGCGCUGAUUGACCGUCUUGUGGAGGUGCUUACGCAGCACGCCGGCGGCGCCUUGCCCCUGCCGCUGGUGGCGUGCGCCCGGUCGAGCGGCGGCCUGACGGUGCUCCACGCUCUCGUGAUGUGUGGAAAGGGCGCCGCAGUCACCGCGCUGCUCGCCGCGCUGCCGCCGCAUGCUGCGGCGAGCCUGCGCGAGUGCCGCGACUUGCGAGGCCGGAGCGCCGCUCAGUCGAUGCCGCCGCCUCCGGCUCCGCCGCCGCGCUUCCCGUGCUCGGCGGCGUGGGCCCCAAAGUACCGUCCGGUGGCGGCGGAGCAGCCGGCGGCGUGCAGCGGCGGGCUCAUUCCCGGCAUGGCGGCCUGCGCCGUCUCCGCUGCGUCGGGCGGCGGCGGCGCGAACACAAACGCGUGCGAGGCGGCGGCGCUGCUCGAGUUUGCGGCCGCGUCGUCGCACUGGCCGCCGCCGCCGCAGCCCGCGGGCUGCACGUGCGCUCUGCUGCCGUCGGGCACGGAGCACCUGCCGCCGGGACGGCAGCCGGGCGAGCUCGCGGGGUGGGAGCCGAUGGCGGGCGAGGACUCGCGUCGUGCGUUUGGGGAGCAGCGCGAGGCGCUCCAGCACACCGAGGCCGUGGCGCGCGCGCGCGACGGCACGGCUGGCACGCCUCCGAUGAGCGACCGCGAGGACUCGGAGGGCGGCGACGGCGCCCCCGCGAUCGCGCAGGCAAAGGCGCGCGAGCAGGCCGUGCGCCUCCGGUCUCGCGACGCGCUGCGAACGGCGCUCCACCAAAACAGCGUCGAGGCCGAGGCGCUCCGGGCGCGGCUGCGGCAGCUAGAGGAGGAGCGGCGGCAGCUGGAGCAGCUGCUCGGGUGA